AGCUGGCGUCAUGGCGGCGCCCAGGGGAGCCACGUGGCCCGCGCGCUGCCGCAGUGUGACAUGAGGCUGCCCGCUCGUCUGCUGCCCUCGCUUCUCGCCACCGUGCAGCCGCUGCCCUCCUCCUCCUGUCAGAAUCUCAGCGGUGCCGAAGCAGUGCAGCGGCCGUCCUCGUCCUUGCGAUCCGCACAGUCGCUGCUCUUCACAUCCUCAUCCUGCAGUACAUCCUCUGUCGCUGCACCUGCCCCGGGCAGGAGGACAAUGAAGACGUUCUGCGGCAGAGCCAACCCGACCACGGGUGCCAUGGAGUGGCAGCAGGAGGGCGAAGACUAUGACUUCCACCAGGAGAUUGCGCGGUCUUCUUAUGCAGAUAUGCUGCAUGACAAAGACAGGAACGAGAAGUACUACGCGGGCAUCCGAGCGGCCGUGCGGCGUGUUCGAGAUCGCGGGCAGCGUGCCGUCGUGCUCGACAUCGGCACGGGCACCGGUCUGCUCUCCAUGAUGGCCGUCACUGCUGGGGCUGACCGCUGCUACGCCAUUGAGGUCUUUAAGCCAAUGGCUGAAGCGGCUGUGAAAAUCGUGGAAAAGAAUGGCUUCAAGGACAAAAUAAAAGUGAUAAACAAGCAUUCCACGUCUGUAACCGUUGGAGCCGGUGGAGACAUGGAGGAGCGCGCCAACAUCUUGGUGACCGAGCUGUUUGACACGGAGCUGAUAGGCGAGGGUGCGCUGCCCAGCUACCAGCAUGCGCACCAGCAUCUGGUGGAGAGCGGCUGUGAGGCCGUGCCGCAUAGUGCCAACGUUUACGCGCAGCUGGUGGAGUGCCCCACUAUGUGGGCUUGCCACAAGCUGCUCCCCGACAGCUCCGUGACGGGCGGUCCUGGGGAUGGCGGCGAUGCGUCCGCUCCAACGUUGCGCCCACCCGAGGACGUGGUGCGCUGCGGUGGCGCUCCGUCCGUCUACGACGUUCAGCUGAGCCAGCUGUCGCGCGAUGAGUUCACGCCGCUCGCUGCCGUCACUCGCAUGUUCAGCCUGGACUUCAGCAAGCCGGUGAGCAGUGCAGCGGCACAACACCGCAGCAACAGGUGGCCGCAGUGCUCUGGGCUGGGCCAGUGCGUCUUCUCCUGGUGGGACCUGCACAUGGACCCCGAGGGGAGCAUCGUGUGCACCAUGGCUCCCCGCUGGGCCCAUCCGACCCCCGACACCCUGCAGUGGAGGGACCACUGGAUGCAGUGCGUGUACUUCCUACCAGAAGCGGUGCCAGUCCAGGCGGGCGAGGCCCUUCACCUGUCGGCCUGCCACGACGACUACGCCGUGUGGUACCGCCUGGACAAGCACAGCCCUGGUAGUGAAGGGAAGAUUGAGCGGCCGGUGUGCGAGUGCUUGGCUCACAUGGUGUGGAAUCGACAGCGCUUCAGGGAGUUGAACGACGCCGCCCGCACCUCCACCUACCUACAAGCCCUGCGGCAGGUGGUGCGACAGGACAGCGUGUGCGUGAGUGUCAGCGAUGGCUCUCUGCUACCCCUCCUGGCCGCCCAGCUCAGCGCGGAACAGGUGGUCUCUGUAGAGAUCUCUUCACUGUCAAGGCAUGUGAUCGAAAAGGUGAUACGAGCGAACGGGCUGGAAGGCAAAGUGCAUCUCUUGGAUAAAAGGCCGGAGCAGGUUACUCGCCAAGACCUCCAUGGAAAGGAGGUGUCGGUACUGCUGGGGGAGCCCUUCUUCACCACGAGCUUGCUGCCGUGGCACAGCCUCUACUUCUGGUACGCGCGCUCGGCACUCGCGCCGCUACUGCGGCCUGAUGCGACUGUGCUGCCCCGCGCCGCGCGCCUCUUCAUCAUGGCCGUGCAGUUCCAGGACCUGUGGAGGAUUCGAGCACCCAUCGGGGAGUGCGAGGGCUUUGACGUCAGCGUCAUGGACCACAUGGUGCAGCGCUCGCUGUCAUACCGCGAGAGCGCCGAGGCGGAGCCGCACGCGCUGUGGGAGUACCCGUGCCGCGCGCUCUCGGCGCCACUCGCCACGCUCCACUUCCCCUUCACCGAGCUCGUCCCCGAUGAGCCCCUCGGUGCCACUGGCUCGCUGCCUCUGUGCCGGUCCGGCACGUGCCAUGCCGUGGUGCUGUGGAUGGAAUACCUCCUCACCGAUGAGCUCCACAUCAUGACAGGCUUGAAUCAGCCACCUUCCCAGCAGGGGGAGUGUGUGUGGAACCCCAACACCAAGCAAGCGGUCUUCUUCCUCGGCAACCCCCGUUCCCUAGAAGAGGGCGACGCCAUCAACUUUUCCUUGCACUUCCAUCCCAACACUGGAGAACUCAAGACGGUCUUUGCGGUGGAGGCAAAAGCCUCCGAGUAAAACAAAGAAAAAUUAAUUUGUUGAAUCCUGUUGAUAAUAUUAACAGAGGAUACUGUUACGAAUGCUGUCGGGUGAAAGUGUGAUCACAGGCUUUAUAGACAUGGAAAUGAAAAUCCAUGCAGAUCAGCUGUUAGCAUGGCAAGCUGGCUUGCCCCCAAGGCCCUCACUGGGGUGUUUCUUUGUUUUUAAUUUCGGUGGCUUUCUCAAUUUGGUAGCCGUUUAAUGAGUGCUUCAGAGCCAUCUUUAGAGAAGACAAGAAUACAUGGGCCACCAAUAAACUGAAUAUACAAUAUUCGUACAGGAAUUAUCUAUGAAGUUGCAGUCGGCGUUAUUUGUGAAAUGAGUUAUUAUUAGUGGUUUUUAUUGCUGUCGUUUUAAAGUUUGAUACGUGUAUGCCAGAUCUGGUUGAUUUAUGUUUAUUACAUUCCAGCUUAAAAAUAUUUUUUUUCA